CCGGGCCGGGGGCUGCGGCUCUGGGCGCCUCCGCCCCGCGGCGGAGGGAACGGGCGGGGGCUUCCUGCGCUCCGAAGUCGCCGGCGGCAGCAGCAGCAGCAGCAGCAUGGAGCGGGUCCCGCGGCUCGUGGCCGCCGCAGUUCUCGUGGGGUGCUGCGCGCGGCUCUGCCCCGCUCUCGGCAGCGGGAUGGGCUCCACGCGGGGCACGGCCGUCCCCUGCGCCCACCCAGGGGAAGGUUGCCGGACAGAUCCGCAACACGGAGCGGAGUGGUUGCAAACAGAGGCUGAGCUGUUCCCCUUCCCUGGGACCCCACCCGGGACUGCUGAGCCCUCCGGCACAAACAGCAGCCCGAGGGAGGCCGGGACGGACCCUGCAGUGCGGGAUGGAGUGAGCACCGCGGCACAGCCUUCAUCCUCUGCUGGUACCACUGAUGCAGCUGCAGGCAGAGAGGGAACGUCUCCUACACCCCCUGGGGAGAGCCCAGCCAGGGUGCUCACAGCAGUCACCAUGGAGCUCAGCACAGCUCCAGCCAUCAGCACUGCCCCCAAGACUGAGCCCAUAGGAAAUGAGAAGGCAGAGAGUUCCCCAACCCCACAGAGGACCCUGUCGCAUUCAUCGUCCCACAUGAUGGUGCCCAGCAGCUCUACGGGGCAGUGGGGAACCCCCAGCACUGUGAGGACAGUGCUCACACAGAGCUGGGAGGGCUCACUUAGCCCCUCACAACCUGCCCUGGAGCCAGAGGGCAGGGGUGCCACCAUCCCACCCAGUGACAUCAGAGCAGGGACCCCCCAGGGCCACACAACAGGCAGCCCUGUGGCAGGGACGAGUGGGACACUGUCUUUUGUGGGAGGGCUGCAGAGUCUGCAGAGCCCCCCUGGGGAACUAGGAAGGAUUCAUCAGGUGCUGGCAGGGCCAGGGCCAGCAGGAGAGUCCCACUCAUUGCAGGGGACAACCAUGGCCUGGCUGGGUCCUCAUGCCACUUCCCGCCCCCCUCUGCUGUUCUCAGGGGUUGCUGGCCAUGGAGGGCUGAUGUGGCAUCCCAAGGGCCCUGGGGCCAGCACGACCCUACUGCCCAUGGAGUCACGUCUGCCUCCUGACCCUAGCACCACAGCCGCUGUCCUAGGGGUGACAUUCCCUGGCCCUGAGGGAGCCCCAGACCUGACCACGGAGGUGUUGGGGCUGCUAAACAUUCAGAGUCCCCCUGGGCCCAACCAUGUCCCCAUGAACCAGACCUGGCAUAUCUCAGCCUUGCCAGGGGAAGCCCCACCGUCACUGGGCCCACAGCCCUCCCUGGGGCUCAUCCCCACUGCAGACACCCACCCAGCAGCGUCCCCAGGGCGUGAACAUGCUGAGAGGCCUCACGUCCCAGGAGGGACCCCGGUGUGGGCAGGUGAUGCUGGGCCUUGGGCAGUGACUGCACCACCAAGCACAGCCCUUUCCGCGGCCCCCAGCUCUCCACUGCAGCCAGCCCUGACCAAACCCACAUCAUCUCCACCUCUGCUGACCUUUAGCACCAGCAUCACCAGCACUGCCACCAGCACACCUACUGCUACCAGCACAGCCACUGCCACCAGCCCCACACUGCUCAGGGAUGAGAGGACGGCCCCGCUGGAUCCCAUCAGUGCUGCAUGUCGGGGGGCUGUGGAGGAGCUGACGCGGGGGCCCAGUGCGGUGCCGGGGUCCCCCCAUCAGCCCACAGACCCCCCCGGGGGCACAGAGCCGCCUCCUUCACAGAGCAGCCCUACGGAGCGGCCACACGCUGACCCCACAUGCGUGACACCAAACCCAGAGACAGCAGGCAGGGCCACCCCGGAGUUCAUCGUGGAGGACGAACCGCCGCAGCUGCGAGCGUCCCUCCUGCGCGUGCCCUGCGAGCUGGCGCUGGACAUGGCCUUCGUGCCCGCGCUGCGCGACCCCGCGUCCCACGAGCACCACGUGCUGCUGAGCGGCCUCAACCGGACGGUGGCGGCCCGGCUGGCGGCGGUGCGCGGCUUCGUGCGUCUCGAGGUGACCGCCGUCAGGGCGGGCAGCCCCCGUCAGGUGGUGCUGCACUACGACGCGCUGUUCGCGGCCGAGCUGGUGCGGGCGGCGGCGCUGGGAGCGCUCCUCGACGCGGCGCUGCGCUCCGGCGGAGCUGCGGCGGUGGGCGCCGCCCGCGUCCUGCGGCACACGGCACGCGGUGAGUGCGGGCGGGCGGCGCGGGGCCCGGCGGCUCUCGGAGGGUGCGGAGCGGCACGGCCCCGCCGCCGUCCUCUCUCCCGCUCUCCUAUCAGCGCCGGAGCCCUGCGCGGCGCUGUUCUCCUGCCCCGACGGCUUCGCCUGCGUCGUGAGGGCGGACGGGAACGCCACGUGCACGUCCCUCUGCCACCGCGACUACUGCCGCAACCACGGCGUGUGCGCGCACCCCCGGGGCCGCGGCCCGCUCUGCCGGUGCCCCGCGGGCAGCGACGUUUGGUUCUUGGGGUUGCGCUGCGAGCGGCGAGUGACGCUGGCGGGGCUGCUGGGCGCGGCCGCGGGCGCUCUGCUCGGCGUCGUCCUUCUGGGGAUCGCCGUCGGGGCCGCCGUGGUCCGCAGGUUCCGGGCGCUGCUGCGGGAGGCGCGGGCCGAGCAGGGCCGCAGCAGCUACCGCCGCUUCUGCCGCCCGGACGAGGCCGCGGCCCCGCACUGGGCGCGCUCGUGGCCCGGCUCGGGCAGCUCCCUGGACAACCCCGCCUUCAGCCGCUCGGAGGAGCUCCUGCACCUGCACCUCCCGGACGACGGCUGCUGCUGCCGCAACGACCCCCUCAGCGCCGCGCAGCGCCCGGAGCCGCCCGCCCGCGGACACGGCUUCCAGUACGGCUGGGACACGAGCUGCAGCAGCAUGAACGAACCCAUGGUUGACUCAGGCAAAGCCAGUGACGUCUCGGUGUCCAGCUGGCCCGUGGAGCCCAACCCCUGGGCGCCCUUCUCCCUCCUGCAGCAGCACUCCAGGCAGC